AUGCGGCUCUCUGGAACCACCCGCGGUGUUUCCCCGUCGAGGCCAACCCCUGAGCCGGCCCCGAAGCACCGCAUCGUGCCGGGGGACUUCCAUCGUGCACCCACAGGGAGCGUCGAAGAAUUCCGGGACCGAAAAUGGGCUGCCCCGGCCCACCGCGUUCUCGAGAACGAGGGCGUGCAAGCCCACUGCGCUGCUCGGCGUUCGGACGGGGUCACGCGUAAGCCUGACCGUCGGUGCCCCCAUUGGAGGUGGUUCUGGCGUCGACCAAAUUCCACCGCGCGGGCCUCGUCUCCGCGGGGCUGCCGCGGCGUACAAGCAGCGAUGGAAGCACAGACUAACGCAAAAACGGAAGAAAUCGAGGAGAAGAAAGAUGAUGACAAAGACCUUUCGCCUGAGGAUCAGAUGCUCCUCGAAGGGCUCGAGCUUGCGGUCGAACGUCUUCAGGAUGCGCUUUGCAGCGUCUUCCACCUGUCGGACCCAACUAUCGCCAGUGCUGCGUUGAAACACUUGGUCAAGGAAGUGCGGAGUGCGACAUCUUCCAUGACUUCAGUGCCCAAACCACUUAAAUUCCUACGGCCUCACUACGAGACGCUGAAGCACUGUCACUCGACUGGAGAUAAGACGUCAUCCACCCACAAGCUACUGGCAGAUCUAUUGGCUGUAUUGGCAAUGACUAUGUCAAAGAGGGGCUCCCGAGAGAUACUUCUAUUUAAGAAACAGGGCUCAAUGCAGGAUCUUGGUAGCUGGGGCCACGAAUUUGUGCGAUCACUUGCCGGAGAGAUCGGCGCAGAGUAUUCGGCACGCCACCUUGCCGAUAAGGUAGGAAACGCUGAGAUCGAUACACAUGAUCUUGCAGCACUCGUUGAUGAGAUUGUUCCGCAAUGCCACAGCGCCAUGGUCCUCUUUACUGAAAUUGUAUUGUUCCAUCUCCGUCACAAUGCGUAUGCAGAGGCGGUGGAUCUACUAAUCGAGACACAGCGGCUCCCUAAGUUACUUGACGACUAUCCUUUGGAACCUGGGAAGGCUCUAGUGGAUCAGAGCAACUUCCAACGGGUCUGUCUUUACCUUUUACGAUGUGGCACAUUUAUGGCAGAUCCAGAUGAUUUAAAAGAACUACGUCAGUGUGCAUUCUGCCUUUACGAGCGACAGGGUGAGUUUUCAGCGGCGCUGGGUGUCGCGCUUCAGAUGGGAGACAGCGAUGAAAAUACCCCGUUUUCGGCCCGCUGUCAGAUACUUUUCGAUGCGGCUGAUAAUUUGACGCGCAAGCAAAUGGGCUUCUUGCUUGCACGGCAUCGAAGCAAUUUCGAGUUUGCUGAUGACUAUGAUGUUGAUGCAAUCAUUGGAAACAAUCGGCUCCACGGAUACUAUGUGGACUUGGGGCGGGAUCUGGACGUAUUGGAUCCGAAGACACCAGAGGAUAUCUACAAGAGCCAUCUUGGAGACUCGGCAUUCUCACGCGGCCCAAGUACGAGCGCACCACACGUGGAUUCUGCACGAGCAAAUCUCGCAUCAACUUUUGUCAACGCGUUUGUAAACGCUGGAUUCGGCAACGACCUGCUCAUGACGCCCGAGGGUAACGCAUGGCUCUAUAAAAACAAAGAGCAUGGCAUGCUAUCUGCGGCAGCUUCACUAGGCAUGAUUAUGAUGUGGAAUGUUGAGGAAGGUCUGACAAUGAUCGAUAAGUUUCUCUACAGUAGCGAGGACAAUGUCAAAGCAGGCGCAUGCCUCGCCAUUGGGAUAGUAUCCUCUUCCGUGCGUCACGAAUCAGAUCCGCCUAUUGCCUUGCUGCCUGAGCACCUCGAGUCGCCCUCCGCUACCAUACGGAGAGCAGCAAUCGUCGCACUAGGCCUUGCAUACGCAGGUGCGGCACGCGAGGAUGUACUUGAGACGCUCGCUCCUGUCCUCUCUGGUUCUGAGAUUUUCGUCGAAGCUGCUUUUGCUGCACUUAGUCUAGGUCAAAUUUACAUCGGUACCUGUGACUCGGAGGUGGUGUCCCUCGUUAUCCAGAAAUUUAUGGAAACCCCUGAUGCCAACCUCGAUGCCCCCGAGGCCAAGUUCCUCGGCCUCGGCCUCUCCCUUCUAUUUUUCGGUCGUGGCGAGAAAGGCGACGCUAUGCUCGAGGCCCUCAAGACCAUCAGUCAUUCCCUAGGAACCUAUGCGUCCGUCAUGCUCGAAACAUGUGCGUAUGCUGGCACAGGGAAUGUCCUCAAGAUCCAAAAAAUGCUCCACAUCUGUGCCGAACAUCAUAGCGAAUCGCCCAGCGUUACUUCUGAAGUUUCCCUGAACCACCGUGCUAACUCAAGCAUGCGCACACCCGAUGCUUCCCACACUUUACCGAAGACGCGGGAUCUUGCCGGAGCACACCAGUCAGUGGCCGUCAUUGGCAUUGCCCUUGUCACAGCAGGAGAGGAAGUUGGCGCGGAGAUGGCGCUUCGUACCUUUGAUCACCUUCUUCACUACGGGGAGCCCACCGUCCGAUGUGCUGUUCCGCUUGCCCUCGCACUGCUUCGUAUCUCCUGCCCCGACUAUGGCAUCGUGGACCAAAUGAGUCGGCUUACACAUGAUGCGGAUACUCAGGUCUCACUGUGCGCAAUUCUCGGUCUUGGGCUGCUCGGUGCUGGCACAAACAAUAGUCGCAUCGCCGGCCUUCUGCGGCAGCUUGCCGAGCACGCGCGCGAGCCCUCUAUGCUCUUUGUCGUGCGCCUCGCACAAGGCCUGCUUCACAUGGGCAAGGGUCUACUUACCAUAUCUCCGUUUCACGCGGACCGAACUCUCAUCUCGAAGUCUGCAAUGGGUGCUAUUCUAAUCUUCCUCCACUGCUGCCUAGACAUGAAACGAACAAUUCUGGACAAGACCCACUAUCUUAUGCCUGUUUCCAGUGUACCAUCUCGCCUCAGCGAUGAUGCCAAGGCAGUGGAAACUGUCGGCCAGGCCGGCCGUCCCAAAACCAUCACGGGGUUUCAAACUCAUACCACUCCCGUGCUCAUUGGCGUAAAUGACCGCGCUGAGCUCGCCUCUGAAGAGCACCUAGCGAAAUCCAACAUUCUUGAAGGAAUUGUCAUUUUAGUCCCGUCCGAGGAGGAGAAAUGAGCACUUUCUUGGUAACUGGUCGCUAAAAAAAAUGUUCCUGCAGGGUUACAGUGCGCUAGGGACCACUGGUUACCGUGCCCAGGUUGUGAUCGUUGCGAAGUUGGCGCCUGCAUGGCCCAACAGGCAGGUAUCAUGGUUCCAAUACUGCCCCCAAACGCAGGAAAUUCGACGAGCUAUGUUUGGGCGCCUCCUGGGCCCGGCACCCGACUAAAGGCCCUAGCCGCCGGCGCAGUGCCCCCGGGGUCGUGGCGCUGGGUCGUGGAUACCCUUGGGUCAGCGCCUUGGGUAGCGGCCUUGGGUCCCGUUCGUUGCAAAGGGGGGGGGG